AUGAUAACUAGGAGCUGUAAUCAAGUGCCUAUAUAAUAAUCUAAGUUGUUACAGCCAGUAAAACCACAUCAUCCCGGCCUCACUAGCCCAGGCAGUUGUAUGAGAGAAGAAUUUGCUUGGGAUUAUAAUCUGUCGUGAAUCAGUGGGAAUAACUUAGUUGGGACAACGACAGUGGCCAUAAUUAGUAAAGUUAUUCAUGAAGGGGCAGAUGAAAAGUUAGUGUGGCAGUUGUUGAGGGAACUUUGCCCGGAGCAGCACCCGGGGGAAAUGGUUCUUAGUGACAUCCAGUGCUGACAGCUGAGUAAACUCGCUACAUUAUUAUCAAAACCACAUAAUUUCCUUCAGAAAUUAAAGAAUAAUUUGUGUCCAAAAUAAUUUUCUGUUGCCGUAAAGAGCGAGCUGGCCGGGAUGAGUUUAAUACCAAAGACAGUUCAAGAUUUCAGUUCAAAGGAUUACUGGAAUACAUUUUUCUCCAAGAGAGGCGACAAAGUAUUUGAAUGGUAUGGAGACUAUGCAGAACUGUGUGGAAUCCUUCAUAAGUAUGUCCGGCCACAAGACAACAUCCUAGUACCAGGUUGUGGGAGUUCCACAAUCAGUGCCGACCUAUAUAAAGUGGGAUACAAGUGUAUCACUAAUGUGGACAACAGUGAGGUUGUUAUUAAACAAAUGCACGAGAGGUACAGUUCAGAUUGUCCGGAUAUGAAAUGGAUGAAAAUGGACAUCACUGCAUCAUCAUUUCAGAAUGAAGAAUUUACUUGUGUGUUGGAUAAAGCCACAUUAGAUGCACUUAUGACAGAUGGCUCCUCUGAAGUUGUCUCUCUUGUCAACAAGUAUUUUGAUGAGAUGAGCCGAGUGUUGCGUGUGGGAGGUCGAUACGUGUGUGUCACACUGCUUCAGGCUCACAUCCUCGAACAUGUUCUCAACUGGUUCCCCAAGAAUGGAUGGAUUAUGAGGAUAUGCAGAUGUGAAGAUGCUGAGAAGUCACAGGCAGAGUCUGGAAAUUUCUCUUUCCCUGUGUUUGUCCUUGUGUGUACCAAGUUCAGGCACGUGGACAACUUUAAGCAAGUUAUUGAGGUUGAGCUUGGAGGAGAGGGAGUGCACAGAGUGGAGAGCACACAGGAGGUGGUGCGUAACAUUCAGCAACUUCAACAGUUUUCUCUCCUGCGACACACCCUCCAUUCACAGCACAUUGCAGGAGAGGACACGUCAGUGGAGCUGUGUGACCCAAAGACAGGAGGAGUAAGAUAUGUUCUCCACAUUGUUGACUCUCUCAAGAAGUCCAACAGCCUGAAAUUUGCUGUAUUCAUUGUUCCACAUGGAAGGGAACAUGAGUGGAUGUUUGGAAGCCAGAGAGGAAGGGAGAAGCUUGCGGAGAGUGCUGGUGCACGACGCCUGGUGGUGGUGCACCUCAUGAGGGGACAAACAUACCACAGCUUACAAGGAAUACAAGAGGAACUCUCUGCAAGAGUUAUGGAGUUGGCUCCUUCUGCACUACCAUCUAACACAAAGAUACCAUUCUUAUCUGUUGGUGAAGACCUGGGGUCCAGGAAAGAAGUAACUCGCGGCCAGAGUCAGUACUCUGGUGACUAUCUGGUGGAGGAUGUCCAACCUCCCGGGGCUUCAAAACUCAGACGACUCAUAUUCUUGGCCAAUCAAAAUGUAGUGCAGUCUGAAGCCAAACUGAUAACAGUGAAGGAAAAGAAGAAGAAAGGUGGUGUAAAGGAGAAAGUUAGUGUAGAUUACUCCUUCCUGUCAUGUGAACAUCAUGUGGCGAUGGUGGGAGGGAUGGGUCUGGUGGAACUUGCCUCGGACCUUCUGCUAGUCGGCCUGGGUGGCGGACCUCUCGCCACCUACAUCCAUAAGUACUUCCCUAAGGUUACGGUGACGGCAGUUGACAUUGACCCCAGUAUGGUACACAUUGCCCAGAAGUGGUUUGGCUUUGUGCCUAAUUCAAGACUGAAAGUAGAAAUCAAUGAUGGCAUCAAAUAUAUUCAGAGUGCAGCAGCAGAUGGAACCAAAUUCAACGUGAUCAUGUUUGAUGUGGACUCUAAGGAUUCGACGGUGGGUAUGAGCUGCCCUCCUCAAGCAUUCAUUGAGAUCAGUUUCUUGGAAGUGGUCUCAAGUUGCCUCAAGGAAGGAGGAGUACUGAUUGUGAACCUCGUGUGCCGAGAUGUGCAACUGAAAAAGAAAACUUUGGAAGAUGUGAAGUCAGUAUUCCCAGUGGUUCUCUGCCAGCAAAUUCCUGAAGAAGUUAACUGUGUGCUUUUUUGUUUAUUAUCUGGAUUGAAACGUCCAGAAAAAAUUAAAUUAAGAUUUGAGAAAGGGCUCCGUACUCUUAAUGAGUCUCUCAAACAACAGCAAAAAACCAAUGAAGAUAUUUUUUCUUUUUCAGAAAUUACAGAAAAUUUGACUAUUGUAUAACUAUUAAAGUUGUUACUAAAUAAAACUAUAUUGAUCCUAA